UGGAAAAUCAUUCGUUCAUUUGACAACAAUCAGUAUGAAAGUGCUCGUAGUUCUUGCUUUGGUUAUUGCCACCGUCUCUGCUGGCGUGGUGCCACAGGGCGCUCCCAUACAUCCUCGUGAUUUGCCCAGCAUGCCUUCAAUUGAGGGACGCAUAACCAAUGGCAGGACUGCCUAUGACGGUCAGUUCCCCUAUCAGGUGGGACUUAGCUUCUCAAGCUCCAGCGGUGGCUGGUGGUGCGGUGGUUCCAUCAUUGACAACCAGUAUGUCCUGACAGCCGCUCACUGCACCAGCGGUGCUUCCGCCGUGACCAUCUACUUCGGCGCUUUGGUUCGCACCAACGCCAAGUUGACCCACACCGUCUCCAGCUCCAACUUCAAGCAACACACUGGCUACAACUCGAACACUCUGGCUAACGAUAUCUCGCUGAUCAGGACCCCAGUCGUUUCGUUCACCUCAUACAUCAACAAGGUUUUGUUGCCUCCAAUUGCCAGCAGCUACUCCACCUACGCUGGCCAGAAGGCUACCGCCUCCGGCUGGGGCAAGACCUCCGAUAGCGCUUCCGGUGUGACCAACACACUCCAAUACCAAAUCUUCGAGGUUGUCUCUGUUGCUACUUGCCAGGCCACCUAUGGCUCUGCCGUUGCCUCCGCCAAGGUCAUCUGCAUUGCGACCCCCAACAAGUCAUCCACCUGCCAGGGUGAUUCCGGCGGCCCAUUGGUUCUGGACAGCACUGGCCGCUUGAUUGGUGUCACUUCCUUCGUCUCUAGCUCUGGCUGCCAAUCUGGUCUGCCCUCUGGCUUCACUCGUGUGACUAGCUACUUGGACUGGAUCAAGACCAACUCCGGCGUCUCCUACUAAAUCCACUUCAAAGGGAAUAUUGUAAAAUAAAAGUCCACAAUAUCCACAAUAUACUGAGCUUUAUAAAAAUCAAA